CCCGGCCCCGCCCGCCUGCACACAGCCCCGGCCGGCGGCUCCAUCCCGGGCACCCCAGGGCCGUGGCUGCCGCUGCCGCGCUCCAGGAUCGCGGGGAGCUGCCGCUGCUGGAGGCCCGGGCGAGGGAUUGGCUUUACCCCUCUGCAGACUCCCUUCUGCCGUAGGGAGCAUGAUGACGGCCAUCCUCGAGCGUAUCAGCACCUUGUCCGUCAGCGGGCAGCAGCUCCGCCGCCUCCCCAAACUCCUGGAGGAAGGCUUCCCCAAGAUGCCCUGCACCGUCGAAGAAUCCGACGUGCCCCAGCUCUUCCGGGAGCCAUACAUCCAGACGGGGUACCGCCCUACCGGCCAGGAGUGGCGCUAUUACUUCUUCAGCCUGUUCCAGAAGCACAACGAGGUGGUCAACGUCUGGACUCACCUGCUGGCGGCCUUGGCUGUGUUGCUGAGGUUCAAGGCCUUUGCAGAAGCAGAGGAGCUGUCCUUGGACGUCUCAUCCUUGCCUUUGUUCAUCUUUGUGCUGUCCUCCCUCACCUACCUAACCUGCAGCCUCUUGGCCCACCUACUGCAAUCCAAGUCGGAGCUGUCUCACUACACCUUCUACUUCAUGGACUACGUCGGGGUCAGCGUCUACCAGUACGGCAGCGCCCUGGCCCAUUUCUACUACAGCUCGGACCAAGCCUGGUACGACAAGUUCUGGCUCUUCUUCCUUCCCGCGGCUGCCUUCUGCGGCUGGCUCUCUUGUGCUGGCUGCUGCUACGCCAAGUACCGGUACCGACGCCCCUAUCCCCUCAUGAGGAAGAUGUGUCAGGUGAUCCCAGCAGGGCUGGCGUUCGUCUUGGACAUCAGCCCAGUUGCACACCGUGUGGUCAUGUGCCACUUGGGGGGCUGCGAGGAGCAGGCUGCCUGGUAUCACACCUUCCAGAUACUGUUCUUUCUAAUCAGUGCUUAUUUCUUCUCCUGCCCGGUCCCCGAGAAGUAUUUCCCGGGCUCCUGUGAUAUAAUUGGCCACGCCCAUCAGAUCUUCCACAUGUUCUUGGCCCUUUGCACGCUCUCGCAGCUGGAGGCCAUCUUCCUGGAUUACAAGAUCAGGCAGGAGAUUUUCCUGAGUAGGCAUGGACCCCUCUCCAUCUACCUGUCCUGUGUCUCUUUCUUCGGCCUGGUGGCCUGCAGCUCCAUCACUGCUCACUUCCUGCAGUGCAGGAUCAAAGCGGGGCUGGCUAAAAGAGACUCCUGAGAGUCCAUUGCGAAGACUAGUUAGACCCUGCCUGGCUGGUGCCGAUUUGGUGGAAACCAGCGGAGGAUAAUUUAUAGAGACAUAACAAAUUGGUUUGUUUGCAUAACAGGUUUUUCUAAUUUAUAACUGAGGGAUGGGUCGCGAGCUGGAGCCACUGUACAAGAGCCCUUCCGUCUAAAGCGUUUUUACUUGAGUGGCUGCCUCUUGCAAUGCAGGGGUGUUUUUUGAGCCAGAUUGGGGCACUUAACCAAGGAUGCUUGGAUUAGGCGGAGGUUUCUAAUUUGUUCCAUGCUAGUAAAUCUGCAAGGAACACUACACUGAAUAUCAGGAAAACCUUCCUAAGGGUCGUUAGACUGGAGAGCAGUCUCCUAGGGGAAGCACAUGGCUAGAGUCAUUUAAGACUUUACAAAGCACAGGAGACUGAGCAGUGUGGAUCAGUCCUGUACUGGCAGGGGGCAUGGACAAGAUGACCUAGUAGGUCUUUUCCAUCUCUGCUAUAUGUGGGCUUGAUCCUGCUCCCCUUUAAGUCAAUAGCAAAAUUUCAGCAGCAGCAGGAUCGGGCCAUAUGAGUCUAAAUUUUCAGGGUGUAGCUGCAGAGGUCUGGGUGGCACAGUGAUAUAUAGUGUACAGCUGCACAAGCCCUUUAUAUAUCUCCAAGUUAGAUUCUAGUGACUCGUGUUCUGUCAACUCUGCUCUCCUGAAAUAAAUCGUACCAGGUUCUUAGGAUGACUUUGCCAAAUCUUUGUUGUAGAGAUGGGUCUGGACCAAAACUCUAGAUCCAUCUAUCCCCAGACUUUGGGGAUGUUCCAGACCAGAUCAGAACUUCGUGCCUCAGGCCCAUCUCUGCUUCACUAUUUGACUCUGACCCAGGUUUUCUUCCAGGAGACACCUGACCCAGUGAUGAUGUGAGCGAAAUUCCCUCUUCUGUCACUGGGAGAUUUUAGCAUGGGUGUUUAUAGAAAUCCAGUACCAGGGCUGCUCAUGAAAAUUUAAAACAAUGAGGUGGACUGUCUCAGGGGCUGGUAAUGGGAUAUGGAGCCUUUCCCUAGUAGAUCUUUAGAAUCAUAGACUAUCAGGGUUGGAACGGACCUCAGGAGGUCAUCUAGUCCAACCCCCUGCUCAAAGCAGGGCCAAUCCCCAAUUUUUGCCCCAGAUCCUUAAAUGGCCCCCUCAAGGAUUGAACUCACAACCCUGGGUUUAGCAGGCUAAUGCUCAAACCUCUGAGCUAUCCCUCCUCCCCUGUUGUUGAAUCCAGGCUGGGUCGGUAGUGAUGCUGGUGACUGUUUGGUGGCCUGCAUCAAAUGCGUUUGUGCUCGUAGUUGGGUUACUGGUGGAGCAAAGAGAACAAAGACCCUUCACUGUAGGGACGGUCCCCUUCUGGCCAGGAGCAGUGCUCUUUAAUGGGCAUUUUGGGGAAGCUGGCACUUGCUGUAGCCUGUGUUGUACUUAUGAGGGUAAACAGAGGUCUUCAAGGUUGUGAGUCUGCCACCUUUCAUCAAAGCGAAAUAACAUUAGAGAUUAAAACUUAAUAAUUGGAGAAAAAACAGUGGGGGGGAAGGGGGAGAAGAAGCAAAAUGUACCCUCAUUCUCCCUUCGAUGAUCCCGCCUGAUGUCCCCCAAUGUCUAUUGUACUCAGAGCAAAAUUCUUCUUCCAUUUGCACUGCAGAUUUCUAUUGAAUAUUCGACUCUGACUGAUGCCAGUGGAGUGGAAGUACCAUAAGGAACAAUCCCACCCUGGCAGGACUGGCUGAUAUAAUAGGCCUUUGCCCUCUGCUGCGGGAGCAAGCUGUCAGCGGAAGCCUUGCAUAUGGAUCUAGGGCAGUGCGUAACCCUGACACUGUAGUGUAGCCCUCCUGUAAUAUGGAAAUGAGGGUAGGAGACAGUUAAAUAUUUCAUGCUGAUGGUUGUGGGUCAUUCCCUUCUACCAUCCCAAAUGAAUUACAAAGGUUUGGGUUGCUUAGAACGAAUUCGCCAAUUGGAUAAGUCCCUUCUGUCUACCUGAGUGGGAAGUAGGUGAUUGGAGGCUAUGAGCCAGAUCCCCAGCUGGUGUGAAUUGGAGUGACUGCACUGAAGUCAGGGGCGCUUACAUCAGCCGUCGAGGAGGCUCUGCCUAGGUACAGUCCUCACAGGCCUAACUUGUAAGCAGUUCUUGUCUUGUCCAUUCUGUCCUCUCCCAGUGUUAAAUCCCAGUUCCCUUGUGGUUGAUUAUACCACUGCACUACCCACGUGUCCUGUGCAAUAUCUCCACACCCAAACGGUCUGAUUGUCACCAGGUGUAAAUCCCUAUUGACUUCAGUGGAGCUACACUGAUUUACUCCAACAGAGGAUCUGGCCCAUCAAAUCCAAAUGAAACUGGAUUACUUAAGUGAGUUGAAACUGACCUUGGAGGUGGGGCUUAGAGAUGUGACUGAAGCUUAGUCACUAUAAGCUUGAGCUUUAGUGUUCGGUCUGGUUUGGGGGAUUUUCUCUGAAACCUCUCUUUUGUGUGUGUUACAACUGCCAGAAGGGCUCCGUUUUGCUUUGAUGUUAGCAAACCCUUUUGCCGGGUGAAGGUCAGCCAGGGAGGGAAAUGGUUCGCUGGUGGAGGGAAGCAGUAGACAAUGGCAGCUGCGGAUGCCUGGACUAAAACCAAGCCACUAAUUUAGGUGCCUCCCUGUGGAUAAAUGGCUACAUCUGGGCAACCUAAUCUGAAACUACUGGCCUUAAUGACAAGUUAAAUACAUUUAUGGAGGUAGCAGGGAGGGGAUUGGCUCAAGGGAUUGCUAAUAGGAUACAGAGGCUGUGAACUCUGCAUUCCUGAUUCAAAUUCAGCCCAGGUUGGUAGCGAUAAAAAGAGGUUUAUAUGAGAGAGCUGCUCAGGGGCCUGCGUAAUUGUAAAAUUGCUCUUGUCAGUUUUGGGGAAGAGUCCGUCAGAGCAGAUUUUCUUCUUUUGCCUUAUUUACACACUAAAGUUGAACCACUGUAACUGCAUUGGGUUAAAACAGUACAAACCCUCUAGUGUGGAUGCAAUUAUAGUGGUGUGAAUGUGUUUCUGUGUAGGAAUGGGAAUAACGUAUUCUGGUAUAAAGCACCUUUGUACAAUAUAACUGCAUCUAAACUAGAAGUUGUACCAGUAUAACUAUAGCCGGGGGGGAAAUCACAUCCCUAACCUAAAUACUUUGUUAUGCUGGUACGAAAUCUUUGUGUGGACCAAGCGUAGCUUCUCCAAAGGAUGUAAACUAGGCUGUGUCCCAACAGAGGAGGAUACACUAACCCAUGCCAUCUCAGCGCAAGUGUUUGCAAAGCACAGGGGACAAGAAUGUGUAUCCCUCUUAAUGGAAGGACUGAGCCUGGUGCUUUCUGUGAUACUAUAUCGCCACCUACUGGUGUCACAAAUCAACUAAUUUUUUCCUCCUGGGUUGUUUUUUUCAGUGUUCCCAUGUUAACUCUCAGUCUGAGCAGUUACCCCCUCUCACCCCUGCAAAUGAGACCAGUAACUGACCUCCUCGGGGAAUGAUGGAGAUGACUUUGCAGGGAAGUACUGACCAACGCUGCUUUUCAGAUAACAUCCUAAGGACACAGGGUGCUUCAUCAACACUGGAGUUAGUGCCAUCCCUACCGUCCUUCUCCCAGUGAGCGAGCCAGUCUUGUCUGUUCUCAGACCAGACCACAAACCCUCCCUCUUCCCAAGUCGUCUUGUACUUGUGCCUUACACAGCUGGCUGGCGAUUGCUCAUGUGGACCUUGUGUGUAUGCACUCCUGGGCUGGCUGCAGGUCGCUGACAGUGCUACUCUAAACCCAAUGAAGUCAUCGAGAGUCCUGCCUUUGACUUCACUGAGGGUGGGUCCUAAGAGGACGUAAAUGCCGUCAUGUUCGGCUGUCAGCCUGUUACUCCUUCCACAGCUCCCACAUGGCCAUUUGCAGCUGGUCUUCCUCCUGCUCCUAGAGUCCUUUGCGCCAGAUCUGGGGCCCCCCACGAGAAGCUCAGCCAGCAGUGGCAUCUGAUGAUGACCUGGUCGCAAGAGGCUGAGUACAUCAGCCUCGGUAGGUUGACUAUGGGAAACAGGGUCACAAACCUCCUUGGAGGACAUGACCCUCAGAUGGAGACCAAGGGCCAAGUCUUUAACAGGUGUGGAUCAGUGUUUCCCAUUGGAACUGUGCUGAUUAACACCAGCUGAGGAUCUGGUCCAGUGUGUAUUACGCUGCUCACUCUUCGGACUUGCUCAUUGGGAAUGAGCAGGUUAGAAGCAGCAGCUUUGCCAUCUGUAGCCUCAUGAUUACACUUACUGGUUGAUUUUUUACCAAGAGAGCUGUCUUGGUAUUGAGGGUGAAGGCAGAGGGGAUCAGUUAACCAUGAAUUUACUUUGAGUGCUUCAUGUAGAAGAACUGGGGUGCAUGCUUCAGGUUACACAUGUGCCUUGGUAUUUACAUCUCAUGCUGGCUGGGUUUUAAAAGCAUCGCUUGCUACUAAACAGGAGUAGUGAGUUUUGCAUUUUUUUCUUUGGGAGUGUGGGAGAGGUGUAAGUAUUAUGCACAAACCCUCCCUCAUUUGUCCCCCAACUUUGUAUUGUUGAGACCUCUGAAAACAUUGUAUUGUAUUGACAGCUGUUCAAAAGCCUCAGUAAUAAAAUCUACAAAAGCAAGACGAAGGGGUGCAACGUGAAAUCUGUAACUCCACCAACAGGAGGGGGAAUGUGAUGGUCAUGGCUGUAAGUUGUUCAGCAGAAAGUUUGGCCUUAAAAAGUGGAUGACAAUAAAUAAUAAUAAUGAA